AUGUUUCCACCUUUUUAUCAAUCCGGCAACUGCGUAUCCCCAAUACUCCUGCCUCUGGUUCCUCUGCAUGUCCUUUUUGCUCUUCAGUCACUCAUCAUUAUCAUAUUCACUAUGCAUUCCUUACUCCUAAUUCUGCUUGCAACGCUCUCCCUAGCACAGUCCUCGACAAACAUCACUCUACCACCAUUCGUACCAGUACCACCAAAACAGCCAACGAAUACCUCCCUUCCUUACGGUAGCAUCCUCAACCACUGUUACAUCCCAGGAACAGUCGCCCUAACAUUCGACGAUGGCCCAUACAUCUACACAUCCCGAGUACUGGACGUCCUCGCCCACCACGGCGCCCGAGCAACCUUCUUCAUCAACGGCCGCAACCGCGGCCACAUAGACCAGUUCCCCGAGCUGGUAAAACGAGCCCACGAAGAAGGCCACCAGCUAGGAUCUCACACAUGGGCCCACCCGUCCCUUCCAAACCUAUCAAAAAGCCAGAUCAGGCGCCAAAUGACAGCUCUUGAAUCUGCCUUUCUUCGCAUCCUCGGCUUCUAUCCGACCUACAUGCGUGCGCCGUUUCUGGCGCACAGUGAUGAUGUACUGGAUGUCAUGGAUGAGCUUGGGUACCAUGUUAUCGGGGCAAGUGUUGACACGAAGGAUUAUGUAUUCGAUGACCCUGAUACGAAUUGGCGGAGUUUUGAGAGGUUUAUCGAUGGGUUAGACGCCGGUGGUACAGUUGUGUUGGCGCAUGAUUCGCAUCGAAAUACAGUUGAGACUCUAGUGGAGGAUAUGCUUGAGGAGAUUGAAAGCAGGGGAUUGAGUGGUGAGUAUCUUCUUAUUGUCCGGGUGGAUUAUGCUGAUGAUUGUAUGCAGCUGUCACGGUUGGUGAGUGUCUUGGUGACCACCGGUGGUACCGGACUGAGUAGACCGGCUCGGAAAUUACUUGGAUUCCUAGACGUUCUUUUUUGA